AUGGGGUCGAACCCAAUUACCGACCUUGUCGCAGAGCACAGACCAGACCUGGUCCCGUUACAGGAGUUGUACAGAUUCUAUCAUGCAAACCCCGAGCUGUCAAACCACGAAGUCGAGACGGCAGCCCACAUUUCUCAGCAGCUGCGCGGCAUUUCCCCAGAUCUCAUCAUCAAGACUGGAAUAGGCGGCCACGGCCUCACUGCGACGCUACACAAUGGCGAGGGCCCGACCGUCCUGCUACGUGCCGACAUCGAUGCGCUGCCUGUACUGGAGCUGACUGACCUACCGUACGCCAGUCAUGUCCACGGGGUCGACAAGCCCGUCAUGCAUGCCUGCGGCCAUGACAUGCACAUAGUCUGUCUCCUGGGCGCUGCGAAGCUCCUCAUCGGUGCCAGGGCCGCGUGGGUAGGGACAGUCGUCUUCCUUUUCCAGCCGGCUGAGGAGCGCGGCACCGGCGCCGAGGCCAUGGUCCGCGAUGGCCUGUACGAUCCGGAGAGGCAUGCGGUGCCCGUCCCCGACGUGGUGCUCGGCGGCCACGUCGUCCCUCUGCGCGCGGGAGUCAUUGGGACCCGGCGAGGGCUCUUCGCGACCAGCGCCGACAGCCUGAAGGUGACGCUACACGGCAAAGGGGCCCACGCAUCAUCACCCCACAAAGCAGUUGACCCGAUCGUCAUGGCCUCGAGCGUCGUUCUCAAGCUGCAGACAAUUGUGUCGCGCGAGGUUGACCCCGCCGACACUGCUGUGGUGACGGUAGCAAGCGUCCAUGCGGGGGAUGCCGAGAAUGUGAUUGCCGAUGAUGCGGAGCUAGCCAUUGACACGCGGUCAAUCUCGCUUUCGACGAGAGAGCGUGUGCUUGCCCGGAUCAAAUCCAUCGUCCAGGCCGAGAGCCUCUCCUCGCAGGCGACGCAAGAGCCCACGUUCCUGACGACCAGGUCAUACCCCUUGACGGUGAACGAUGCUGCGACGACUGCUCGGCUCGAGGAAGCCUUCGCUGCACACUUCGGGGAGGCGCGAGGACAGUACCAGCGCGACAUUCGUCGGCCGAGUGGGAGCGAGGACUUCAGCAUACGGGCGUCGUCGGUGGGGAAACCGUAUUGCUUCUUCUCGUUUGGCGGCAUCGACCAGGACGUAUGGGACGAGGCCGAGGCCAGCGGCUCGCCGGAGGGCAAGAUUGCUAGGAAUCAUUCGGGGCGGUUCCAGCUUGCGAUUUCGCCCACGUUGCAGACUGGGCUGGACGGUUAUGCCGUGGCGGCACUCGCUUUCCUGGCAGCACAGUAG